AUGUUGUGGCUCCUCUUUUUUCUAGUGACUGUUAUUCAUGCUGAACUCUGUCAACCAGAUGCAGAAAACGCCUUUAAAGUGAGACUUAGUAUCAGAAGAGCUCUUGGUGAUAAAGCAUAUGUCUGGGAUACAAAUGAAGAAUAUCUCUUCAGAGCGAUGGUGGCUUUCUCCAUGAGAAAAGUUCCCAACAGAGAAACAACGGAAAUUUCCCAUGUCCUACUUUGCAAUGUAACCCAAAGGGUGUCAUUCUGGUUUGUGGUUACAGACCCUUCAAAAAAUCAUACUCUUCCUGCUGUUGAAGUACAGUCGGCCAUCAGAAUGAAUAGGAACCGGAUCAACAAUGUCUUCUUUUUGAAUGACCAGACUCUGGAAUUUUUAAAAAUUUCUUCUACUAUUGCACCACCCAUGGACCCACCUGUUCCCAUCUGGAUUAUUAUUUUUGGUGUGGUAUUUUGUAUCGUCAUAGUUGCAAUUACGCUACUGGUUUUAUCAGGGAUCCGGCAACGAAGAAGGAAGAACAAAGGACCAUCUGAAGUGGAUGAUGCAGAAGAGAAAUGUGAAAACACCAUCACAAUUGAAAAUGGCAUCCCCUGCGAUCCCCUGGACUUGAAGGGAGGGCACAUUAAUGAUGUUUUUGUGACAGAGGAUGAACGGCUCACCCCUCUCUGAAGGGUUGCUGUUCUGCUUCCUCAAGAAACUUAACACUUGUUUCUUUGUGACUGCUAAGCAUCUUAAAAUAUCAAGGGCAGAUUAUAUAUUUUUAUUUUGCCAUUCUUCUUUUGUAAGAAAUUUUGAAUGUAUUUGAAAGUGAUAGGUAAUCAAUUUUACCCAUGAAGACUACUAAAAUCAUA